CACCAAUAAGGAAAAAGAAUUAUUUGUUGGUAAAAUACAUUAAUCAACGAGGAAAUUUAGUAUAUUCUCUGCUACGAGAGAAUAUAUUGUUCGUUAGAUGAAUUUUCGUUCAUUCUGCGCAUGUCAGUUCUGAUUCGUUUAGUAUAGUCACAGUAUAAUACUGUGGUAUAGUAUGCAUUUAAAUAUAACGCGCAAGCGCUCUUAUGAUGUUUAUGACUCGCCAAAUGAAUACCUAGUAUCUAUUAUUUAUAUAUGCAAUUGCCUAAGGUUCAUAUUACCUUUUUUUUUCAUUAUUCAUACAUUUUGUUCACUGUAUAUAUGAUCAUGAAAUGAAAAGUAGGCGAUAGAAGGAUACUUUAUUAGAAGAAUUUCCUGAACUGUCUGUGUUACAUUACCUGAUGGUCAGAUUAUAGAAGUUCUAUAAAAGGGGUUAUAUUAUAAGUACUGGUGCUGACUUUAAUCAAAAGUAUACAAAUUUGUUUAAGUUUAUAACAACAAUAAUAAUUGGAUCUGUGGAAUACAUUAAUUAUUACAUUUAUGAAAAUGAAAUUCAAAUGAAACUAUAACGUUCGAGUCCACAAAUUCCGUUUCAUUUUCAAUUCUGAAAGUAGCCAUCAGAGGACACUGGAGUAAAGAUUUUUAAAAUGUCAGUACAAAUACUACUGUGAGAUGCAUAAUUCAUCAGUACAUGUAUAUCAAUAAGACAGUUUCUAUUUAAUGUGGUGAUAGUAUUACAAAAUAACACUAUAAAAUCUGAAUACAUUUUUAUAAAGUAGCAUUUAUUUUGUGUGGGAGAAGGUUACAUUAUUGUCAUUGAAGAAAAAAUAUCCAAAACACUGUCACUAAAUCCAUGAACAAUAUGUGUGAUCUUAUAGAUUUAGAAAGUCCUGACAGAAAGAGCAUAUUAAACUCAAGACUUGCAUCGCCAUUAAUACCUGCUCCCACAGAUAUCACAAAUAAUGACCAUAAUAAUUUAAUCAAAGAUCCAAUUCCAUUAAUACCAGGAAAACGUGACAGUUUAGAGAAUAAUCCCUUUGACAUGGUACUACAUAAAACUACAGAAUAUAUUCAAAAAAGAGAUGAUCCAUUUGAAGUGGCUUUAGAAAAAGCGCUUAGACCAAAAUGUAAAAAAGAUAAUAAAUUAAGAACACAUUCCUUUGAUUUUACAGAUGAUUAUAGUGUCAAACACAGUAAUAAUAAGCAAAAGUUGAAAGUAAAUAAAACAUUGGAUGAAUCUUUAAUAUAUGAAGAAUUAACUGAAAAGGCUGCUACUGUUAAUAAAAUAUCUAAUGAAAGUGUGAUACCUAAUUUAACUAAUAUUAAUGGGUUCCAUGAUAACUUGGAAACUAAUGAUGUCAUAUGUAGUAUUAAUGUUCAAGAUGCUGAUUUAUCUAUUUUAAAUCAAUCUCUGAUGAAUGAUUCAUUAUUUGAAACAAGUAAUGAAUUAAAUAAGAAUGAAAUGGCACUUACUUUAUACGAAAAAGCAGCAAUCCAAGUGGAAAAAGAUAAACUCAGCAUAGGACAAAGUGCAUCUCCUAACUACAUGUUGAAAGUUCCUAAAGUUCAACGAUCUUUUUCCCAAGGAGGAAAUGAACCUUUUAAAAAAUCACAAAAUUCUAGAUGCAUAUCAUUGGCAGAACCUUUACAAAUAAAUUCUGAUGGUGGAAGUAAUAUAUCUUCUCUAAAUUCAUUAGACUUUUUAAAUGAAGGUUUUUUAAAAAGUUACUGUAGUGGAAGUUCUAUGUUUUCAAACUUGUCAAAUAUUUCUUGCAUACCUAGAAUAAACUCUGCUGCUUCUUCUUCUACCACUCUAUCAAUUUUGUCAUCAAAUGAUACUAUUAAUCGUGCAUUUUUAAAAAGUGAGACAUCCGAAAAAUUGGAAAAUUCUAAAUUAAGUGUAGAAAUAGACUUUAACAAUAAAAUAAAAUUAAUAACAAAUGAAUCAACUAAAUGCAUAUUACCAGAGUUAACAAUUCAGUUUGAUAAACUUAAAAAAAAAGUUUUAGAAUCCCCUGAAAAUUUCAAACAAAGUAAUGAAAAAUCAGAUAAGGAUAAUAAAUUAAUAGAUGUUGAUUUGUUUACACCAGAAAUUAAUUCCAGCAAGAACAACUAUAGGAGUUCUACUUCAGAUACAUCUUCAGACUCUGUAUUUUAUGAAGGAGAUAAAGUUAAUAAAUCAAUAUUUACUGAAGCAAAACUUCUUGCAAAAACUUUUGAAGAAUUAGCUUUAAAAACAAGCUCAAGUUCAAGCACAGAUGAUCUUAUCACUAAUAAUCCACUUUGGACAUCAGAAUUAUUACCAGCAUUUGAUGAUGAAAAUAUGGUAGAUAAUUUAAUUGAAUUGCCCUUGUCUCCUCAUAUAAAUAGUUCAGAAUUAACAAAUAUGAAAGACAAAGAAUAUACAGAUAAUAAAAUAGGUACAGAAAAAGAUGCGGAAAUUGCUGUUAAUAAAAUAACAGAAAAUGUAAAGGAAUUAGAAUUGGAACUGACAGAAUCAGUGCAAACAGAGAAACGUAUUACGGCAACAACUCUUUUACUGGAACUCAAAAAACUUAUUAAAACCGAAAAUAAUUCAGAAGCAAAUAAAUUGGUAGAAAAUUUGGAGAAGGUUUUAGGUAUUAAUUGUGAGAACAAUACUGAAUUAUUAACCACAUAUCUUAAUACACCUAACAAUUUAGCAAAAAGCCCACAAAAAUCAGAUAAUAGUUCAAAGGUAAUACAAAACAUAGAAAAAAAUAAUAUGGAGCAAAGUCAAGAAGACAAUUUAACAAAUGAUUCAGAUAAUGUUAAAGAAUCACUUGAUUAUAAAAAUAUAAAUUUUAAUGAUUCGGACAUAAAUAAAUGUACUGAUAGUCAGAAGUGUUUAAACGGAAUAAGUAAUGAAUCCUUAAAAACUAAUAUUGAAAAAGCAAAAAAAGAAAGAAAUGAAAAAGUACUUAAUAAUGAAAUUGUACGAAACGAGAAUUCUUUGGAAGAUGGAAGUAAAAGCUUAUUACAUGAGAAAGUAGUAGUAGAACUCCUUGCCAAUAUAGCAAAGUUAUUAACUAGUCAGACUGAAAGAUCUACUUCAGAUGUACUUAAAAACUUAGGAAAAGUCUUAAAUUCUGCUUCCAAUGAUGAUGAUAAACAUAAGCGUACAAAGAAUGAUGGUGGAAAAAUCCCAUCAAAAUCAAUUAAUAGACGAAGUUUAGAUGCAGACUCAAAAAAACAGUCGUUUCAUAAAAAUGUUAUUAGACGAAGUAUGUCUGUAUCAUCAACUAAAGAUACAAUCCCUGCAACGUGCAAUAAUAAAUCUGCAUGUCAACUAAAAGAAGUAAUAAAACGAUUUCCUAGCGACCCUUGCCUUGUAAACCCAAUAUCAAACAAAAAAGUUAUUACAAAAAUCAAUAAGGGUGGAUUACAAAAGGACGCCGAAACAGAAGCAUUUACAACAUUAGAUUUACGGAAAGAAAAAACUGCAACGAUAAGUACAGUUAAAAAUAAACUUAAAAAAAAGAAAACUGACGUAGAAGUUACAAAUAAGAAGGGUCCGAUGAGAGCUGUUCUUCCCGUAGGAAUUAUGCAAAAAAAGGAAACUGUUAAUAAUAAGGCAGUAUCAUCAUAUGAAACUGUAACGCCACCUAAAUCUCAUAAAAUAAUUAGUAGUACUCCAAAUUCAACGCACAAUGAAUCUGCAAUGAAAAAAUCUUCACGAUCUACGAAACCGGUCGCUUCGUCGACUCCAGACGCCCAAAAUUUUAAAUCACAAAAAACUCAGGUACAAGUGACAAAAAAGCGUAACUUUUCUUGUGAUAUUUCACCAGUAUCUAUACGCGCAAAUGUUGACGACAGUAACAAAAUAAAUAGUAGUCCAAAACGAAAGUUACUGAUUUUUAUUUUUAGUAAAUUACCAUCUCCAAAGAAAACGACACCCAAACGUCGGUCGAUAGGUUCUGGUAUUCCAAAAUCACAGACGCCUCCUCUGAGUAAAAGACUGAAUACUUCUUUCGAUAUUAAUCAAUAUAACAAAUUGUAUGAAUCUCCGCAACGUUCGUCCUAUAAAACAUUAAAUUCACAAAAAGGUUCACCAAUUUCUGUAAAGAAAAAUGGAAGUAUGCAACAAAGCCCUUUAAGGGACAAUAAUAAACUUAUCUAUAAAGCGAAACCGGUGAAUUUGAUUUCGAAACUUCAGCGACACAGUGUUGGUAACAAUAUGGCGGAAAAAGAAAAUUACAUUUAAUUUAUACAACAAAAGUAUUCACUAAUAAUGGUUGUGCUACUGAAGAUAUACCAGAUUAUUAACAGUACAUAUCUUUUAUUUUCAUAUGUUUGCAUUAUACAUUUUUUAUAUUGGUAUAUUUUAUAAUAAAAAUGUUUGAAACAUAAAUGUUUUAAAUUGCUAAAAAUAAAAAUAUUCUUUCCAUUGCUUUGGUUGCGUGUUCAAAUCGUUACGUAUUUAUUUUUCGUUUAUAAAAGUUAAGAUCUGCUUUGUUCAGUCACUGAAAUAAGAAAAUGAUAAUCCCAACGUUAUA